CCGACCAAGGCCCUCAGCGUCCCUCGGAGAGAGGCCAGGCUGGAUCGGCACUCGCCCAGAUUUGUUAAGAUGAAAUACUGCAGAAGUUUCUUUUGAAGAUAAGGAGGAGGAAAAACAGAACAUUGCAGACUCAGAAAAAAAUAUUGGGCCUUUAGAUGCUGUUCUGGAAAAACUUAAGUAAUGGAUCAAAGGAAAAAUGACAGUAUUGUCCCUAGUAUCACUCAGUUAGAAGAUUUUCUUACAGAACACAAUUCCAAUGUUGUUUGGCUCCUUGUUGCUACCAUUUUGUCCUGUGGAUGGAUUAUUUAUCUAACAUAUUAUAAUUCUCGGAAUGUUGGUCUUAUUUUAACCCUGGUUCUUAACAGAUUAUACAAGCAUGGCUAUAUCCAUAUUGGCUCUUUUUCUUUUUCUGUUCUUUCUGGAAAAGUCAUGGUUCGUGAAAUCUAUUACAUUACAGAAGAUAUGUCUAUUAGAAUUCAAGAUGGAUUUAUCAUUUUUCGGUGGUGGAAAAUGUAUAACCCAAAGCAGAAGCAACAUGAUCCAAAGGCAGAAACCAGGUUAUACAUCACAGUUAAUGACUUUGAAUUUCAUGUCUACAAUCGUUCGGAUCUUUAUGGACGCCUUCAAGAAUUGUUUGGUUUGGAGCCAACAAUAAUUCCACCCAAGAAAGAGGAUGAUAAAACACGGGAAAAUGGAAGAACAAGAACUCAGUCCAAAAUUGAAAGAGUUAAAGUAAAAACAGAAUCCCAAGAUCCCACAUCUUCAUGGAGAUCACUUAUUCCAGUCAUAAAGGUCAAUGUGAGCACAGGACGUUUGGCCUUUGGGAAUCAUUACCAACCUCAAACUCUGUGCAUCAACUUUGAUGAUGCUUUCUUAACUUAUACUACAAAACCACCUUCAAGUCAUCUUGACCAAUUCAUGCAUAUUGUGAAAGGAAAGCUUGAAAAUGUUCGAGUCAUGCUUGUUCCCAGUCCAAGAUAUGUUGGUCUUCAAAAUGAUGAACCACCAAGAUUAAUGGGAGAAGGUUUUGUGGUGUUGCAGUCAAAUGAUGUUGACAUCUAUUACUACAUGGACGAGCCAGGACUUGUUCCAGAAGAAACAGAAGAAAAUAUCGAAGGAGAAAUGAGCAGUGAAGAUUGCAAAUUACAAGACUUGCCUCCAUGUUGGGGACUGGAUAUAGUUUGUGGUAAAGGAACAGAUUUUAAUUAUGGACCAUGGGCCGACAGGCAGAGAGAUUGUUUAUGGAAGUUUUUCUUUCCACCUGACUAUCAAGUUCUGAAAGUUUCUGAAAUUGCACAGCCUGGGAGACCAAGACAGAUCCUUGCUUUUGAACUACGAAUGAAUAUUAUUGCAGAUGCUACAAUUGACUUGCUGUUUACCAAAAACAGGGAAACAAAUGCUGUACAUGUAAAUGUAGGAGCUGGUUCAUAUUUAGAAAUAAAUAUUCCAAUGACAGUUGAAGACAAUGGUUAUGCUCCUGCAAUUAAAGGACAACUCUUACAUGUUGAUGCCACUACCAGUAUGCAAUACCGCACCCUUUUAGAAGCAGAAAUGUUAGCAUUCCACAUCAAUGCCAGCUACCCUCGAAUAUGGAACAUGCCACAGACAUGGCAGUGUGAAUUAGAGGUUUAUAAAGCCACCUACCACUUCAUCUUUGCACAGAAGAACUUCUUUACAGAUUUAAUUCAAGAUUGGUCUAGUGAUAGUGCUCCAGACAUUUUUUCAUUUGUUCCAUAUACAUGGAAUUUUAAAAUCAUGUUUCAUCAAUUUGAAAUGAUUUGGGCUGCUAAUCAACGCAAUUGGAUUGAUUGUUCCACUAAACAACAGGAAAAUGUGUAUCUGGCAGCCUGUGGGGAAACGCUAAACAUUGAUUUUUCUUUGCCUUUUACGGACUUCGUUCCAGCAACAUGUAAUACCAAGUUCUCUUUAAGGGGAGAAGAUGUUGAUCUUCAUUUGUUUCUACCAGAUUGUCACCCUAGUAAAUAUUCAUUGUUUUUGCUGGUAAAGAAUUGUCACCCACAUAAGAUGAUUCAUGAUACUGGUAUUCCUGCUGAGUGUCAAAGUGGCCAGAAAACAGUUAAACCAAAAUGGCGCAACAUUACUCAGGAAAAGGCUGGUUGGGUUGAAUGCUGGACUGUUCCAAGUGUCAUGCUUACAAUUGAUUACACAUGGCAUCCAAUUUAUCCACAAAAAGCAGAUGAACAGCUAAAACAAUCAUUGUCAGAAAUGGAGGAAACAAUGUUAUCUGUGUUAAGACCAUCCCAGAAAACAUCAGACAGAGUUGUUUCUUCUCCCUCUACUUCUUCACGCCCACCUGUUGAUCCUUCAGAACUUCCACCUGAUAAACUUCAUGUAGAAAUGGAACUUUCCCCAGAUUCUCAGAUAACUCUCUAUGGACCUCUAUUAAAUGCCUUUUUGUGUAUAAAGGAAAACUACUUUGGGGAAGAUGACAUGUAUAUGGAUUUUGAAGAGGUUAUUUCAAGUCCUGUUCUGUCACUGUCCACAUCAUCCAGCUCUGGGUGGACUGCUGUUGGAAUGGAAAAUGACAGAAAGGAAAAUGAAACUACAGCCAAGUCAAUUCAUCCACUUACCUUGCGUCCUUGGGAUAUUACUGUACUUGUUAAUUUGUACAAAGUUCAUGGUCGUCUUCCUGUUCAUGGAACUACUGAUGGUCCUGAAUGCCCUACGGCUUUCUUGGAAAGGCUAUGUUUUGAAAUGAAAAAAGGAUUUAGGGAGACCAUGCUACAACUUAUCUUGUCACCCCUGAAUGUGUUUGUCAGUGAUAACUAUCAGCAGCGACCCCCCGUGGAUGAAGUUCUCAGGGAAGGUCACAUCAAUUUGUCAGGUCUCCAGCUCAGAGCACAUGCUAUGUUCUCAGCAGAAGGUCUUCCUUUGGGAAGUGAUUCCUUAGAAUAUGCGUGGCUAAUUGAUGUGCAGGCUGGAAGCCUUACAGCUAAGGUCACAGCACCACAGCUGGCAUGCCUCUUGGAGUGGGGACAAACAUUUGUUUUUCAUGUGGUAUGUCGGGAGUAUGAACUUGAAAGACCAAAAUCAGUAAUAAUAUGUCAGCAUGGAAUUGAUCGUCGGUUCUGUGAAUCCAAGUUGAGUUGUAUUCCUGGUCCUUGUCCAACUUCAGAUGAGUUGAAAUAUACUAUGACUCGUUUAGCAGUAGAUGGAGCUGAUAUCUAUAUUGUGGAACAUGGUUGUGCUACAAAUAUAAAGAUGGGUGCAAUUCGAGUUGCAAACUGUAAUCUCCACAAUCAAUCGGUUGGGGAAGGAAUAAGUGCUGCAAUUCAGGAUUUUCAAGUGAGACAGUACAUUGAACAAUUAAAUAAUUGCAGAAUUGGACUUCAGCCUACAGUGCUACGGAGGGCCUAUUGGCUUGAAGCUGGGUCAGCCAGUUUAGGACUUAUCACUGUUGAUAUUGCAUUAGCUGCUGAUCAUCAUUCUAAACAUGAGGCACAAAGACAUUUCUUAGAAAUUCAUGAUGCCAGAACUAAGAGGUUGUGGUUUUUGUGGCCAGAUGAUACCCUGAAGAAUAAGAGGUGUAGAAACAAGUGUGGUUGUCUUGGUGGCUGCAGAUUCUUUGGUGGCACCAUAACUGGCCUAGAUUUCUUCAAACUUGAAGAGUUGACACCUUCCAGUAGCUCUGCAUUUUCAAGCACCAGUGCAGAGUCUGAUAUGUAUUAUGGACAGUCUCUGCUACAGCCUGGAGAAUGGAUUAUUACUAAAGAAAUUCCCAAAAUUAUAGAUGGUAAUACAAUGUGUUGUUUUGUCACUUGUGCUGAUCUUUUAUUAUCUAUCCCUAUGGCAUUGGAAGAGAG